AUGUGGCCCAGACACACUCUCCUGGUCCUUGCCACGGUCCUUGUGGUUUCCGCAGCGGCAGAAGAUCUGCUAGAGAGAGACCAAAGAACAGAGCCCGACACAUCCUCACUCCCAUACUCUAGUUUAUCGGCCUCUGCUGCCCGUACAACAAUCACACACACGGUUACCGUGUGCCCCUCCGAGACGCACACGACUAAGUCUACUCCCAUGACGCCCCCCGACGGAAACAACGGCUACUCUCGCCCGCCAACCCGGUCUCCAGACCCAAUCGCCGACGCCAAAACGACGUGGUACACUAGAGGCGGCGGCCCUCCGUUCAGUACCGGAACAGGCGGUCCGAAGCCGACGCCGCCGAUGAACGGAACGGGCGGUGGAGUGACCCCUAGGCCAUCUAGGACACCCCCCGUCACCGCUGGCGCAGGGCGAGAGACGGUCGCUUGCAUGCUAGCCCUGGGCGCACCGGGCCUGGCUGUAUUGCUUGGUUGA